AUUCAAUUGCGGCUGGCCAGGUCAGGUGUGCAAGAUUAGUGUGCAAUUCAUGCGAUUCUCGUUCGAUACAGAAUAAUUGACGAAUUGGAAAAAUUAAAAAUAUGUUGUUGAAAAGAAUUUCAACUAUAUUCCAAAAUCAAUCGAUUCGUCGAAGGCUGAUAACCGGGAUAGAAACUGUUCCGAAAAGAUGUCUAAGCAGCGGACCCCUGCCCGGCGAACCGAAAAAACCUUCCCUGGUUACAGAAAUUCCCGGACCUACGACCGCAAGUUUAUUGAAGGAACUUAACGAUGUACAGCAAACUGGUUCGGUGCAAUUGUUUGUGGAUUAUGAAAAAUCAGUGGGAAAUUAUUUGGUUGAUGUGGAUGGUAACACCCUGUUAGAUGUAUACAUGCAGAUCUCGUCUAUGCCUCUUGGAUAUAAUCAUCCAGCUAUGCUAGAGAUGUUAAGCAAUCCCACGAAUCAGAGAAUCAUAGCAAACAGGCCAGCACUGGGUGUCUUUCCCGGACGAGAUUGGCCAAAUAAAUUGAAAACUAUAUUACUCAGAAAAGAUGUUGCUCCACCUGGAUUGUCCCAAAUCACGACCAUGAUGUGUGGCUCGUGCUCUAAUGAAAAUGCAUUCAAAAACAUAUUUCUAUGGUACGCUGGCAAACAGAGGCAAGGGGCUCCUUUCACAAAGGAAGAAAUGGAGUCUUGUAUGAGCAAUCAAGUUCCAGGAUCUCCUCGAUAUUCUAUCUUGUCGUUCAAAGGAGCAUUCCAUGGGCGGACUUUGGGGUCACUUUCGACAACACAUAGCAAGUAUAUCCACAAAAUAGAUGUGCCGGCAUUCGAUUGGCCGAUUGCAUCAUUCCCAGUUUACAAGUACCCCCUUGCAGAAAAUAUUAAAGAAAACCAAAAGGAAGACCAACGUUGCCUAGCUGAAGUCGAAGAUCUGAUUGUAAAGUAUAAUACAGAGAAAAAAGUCCCAGUAGCUGGAAUAAUCAUAGAACCGAUUCAAGCUGAAGGGGGUGAUAAUCAUGCCUCCCCGGAAUUUUUCCAACAACUCCAGCGCAUAGCUAAGAAGCAUGGCGCUGCUUUACUCAUAGACGAGGUACAAACGGGAGGCGGUGCGACAGGAAAAAUGUGGUGCCAUGAACAUUUCAACCUUGAUUCAGCCCCGGAAGUUGUAACUUUCAGUAAAAAAAUGCAAAUGGGUGGCUUUUAUCAUCUCCCUGAGUUAAGACCUCCACACCCAUAUCAAGUUUUUAAUACGUGGAUGGGUGAUCCAGGGAAAUUCCUCCUUCUUGAGGCAGUUCUAGAUGUAAUCAAAAAGGAAAAUCUAUUAGAGAAUAGCAGACGAGUUGGAGACUAUACAUUACAGCAAUUGUUUACUCUGGAAAAUGAAUUUCCUGAACAAAUUAAUUCCACACGUGGUCGCGGGACAUUUAUUGCAUUUACGUGUUCCACAUCUAAACUCCGGGACGAAAUUGUCAAAAAGCUUCAUGCAAAAGGAAUUCAAUCGGGUGGAUGUGGCGUACAAUCAAUCAGAUUGAGGCCUGCGCUCACUUUUACGGAAUACCAUGCAGAUAUAUUUUUAGAUGCUCUGCGCUCUGUCUUGAAGAGAUAAAUAGUGUAUAUAGGUAAAAAAAAUAUUCGAAAUCCACUGUCUUCCAUACGAUGAUAUAACUAUCUGUGUAAUUUAUCUUCCAAAUACGAAAAAUCGUCAUAAAGAAUAUAGAUUUGGAUCAGAUGGUACUUCUGAUAAUUCAACUGUGCACAUGUUUCAUUUUUUGAAACAAUAAAAAAUCGUUUCUUCUAAGUAUGAAAUACCACUUAGAGAUUGAUGUUAUUAAUCGAUUACUCGGAAUAAUAAGUAGUGCUUGUUGCUUUUAUCCAUUGA